UUGUUGUUGUAGUUAGGAGGAGGAGGAGGAGGAGGAGUAGUGAGUUGUUGGAAAGACUGGAUUUAAACAUAAUUUAAGGAGUUUAACGUACUUUGCUAGAGUUAACCAUGGGGAAAUCAUUUGCAAAUUUCAUGUGUAAAAAGGAUUUUCAUCCUGCCUCAAAAUCCAAUAUUAAGAAGGUAUGGAUGGCUGAGCAAAAGAUAACAUUUGAAAAGACGAAACAAGAGGAGUUAAUGCAGCAGUAUCUUAAAGAGCAGGAAACAUAUAACAACAGAUUGUUGAUGGGUGAUGAUCGUGUGAAGAAUGGUCUUAAUUUCAUGUAUGAGGCACCACCAGGAGCAUCUAAAGAAGAGACAAAGGAGCAGGAAGGAGAAUCGGACUAUAAAUUCGAAUGGCAAAAAGUGGCUCCACGUGAGAAAUAUGCAAAGGAUGACAUGAACAUCAGAGACCAGCCAUUUGGAAUCCAGGUCCGCAAUGUGAGAUGCAUAAAAUGUCACAAAUGGGGACACGUGAACACAGACAGAGAGUGCCCGCUCUUUGGUUUGUCUGGGAUCAACGCAAGCUCCAUGGCGAACGACGGUGCAGGUCCGUCAAUGCACCCCUCGGAGUUAAUGGCGGAGAUGAGAAACAGUGGGUUUGCGCUGAAACAAAGUGUACUGGGGAGAAAUGUGACUCUUUGUGAUCCAUCGCAGGAAUAUGUAGCCAGUGAAGAAGAGGAAGACCCUGAAGUAGAAUUCCUGAAGUCUCUAACCACAAAACAAAAGCAGAAGCUGCUGAGGAAACUGGAUCACCUUGAGAAGAAAGAAAAGAAGAAGAAGAGGAAGGGAAAACAGAAGAAGAAAAAAAGCAAGAGCAAGCACAAGAAGCUGCAGAAAAGGAGCAGCAGCAGCAGCAGUGACUCUGACUCCGACUCGGACCCCGAGUCCCACAGGAAGCGCCAGGCCGAGGGCCAGAAGAAAAAGAAGAACAAGAAGAGCAGAAGAGAUUCUUCCGCAGACAGCAGUGCCGACAGCGAGAGUGAAGACCGGUCACGCAGCAAGAAGAGAGCCGCAGCACGUACAGGGAGGCAGAAGAGGAGCCGCAGCCCCAGUACUGAUAGAAGUAGGUCAGGAAGCAGAAAGGUCCAGGGAGAGAAAAGGAGAGACGACAGACACGUGCCGAAGCAGAGAAGCGGGAGUCACGGCAGACAGGGGGACAGGGAAGACAAGGACAAAGGUGGCAAAAGCAGUAGCACUCGGGAAAGUCACAAAAGCAACAGCACCGAGGGGGUGGCAGGAAAUGGCCCCCAACACAGAUGUCGGAGCAGAGAGCGGCACGCAGACAGAGGGGAGAGAGUCAGGAGCAGGAGCAAGGAGAAGCACAGAGAAAGAAAAGGGAGAGACCGGAGUGAUAGUAGAGGGCGGCACAGGAGCAGAAGUGGCAGUCCAGGGAGAGAGAGACCGAGGAAGAACUGUGAAAGACGGAUUUAGAGAGUGCAGAGAGUUCUCAAUAAAGAGGGAUAUUGAAUACAAACAGAGGGGUUGAACGUCUCGAAGAUGGCAGAGACUGCUCUGAAGAAUCGAGUUUUGCUUUGCUUUUAUUGUUUUAAACAUUGACUUGCACCCUUUUUGUAAGUGCUACCCCUGUAUUUGGCCAUGUUCCUGCAUUUGGACAAAUAUUGUACAGCAGUGUUUAAUGUUUUUGCUGCAUUUAACAGGGAAUAAAAACAGCUGCAUCAAUUAAAA